AUGUCAACGGACCAAGAUGAGAAUGGCAUGUUGGGGAGCCUGCAAUGUGGGGCAGAAUUUCAUCUGGUGAAGCCAAUUACAUGGAAUGAUGUAAAAAACCUUUGGCAAUUUUCUGUCCUGAGGAAAAUAGGGCUCAGUCGAUCGGCUUCCUGUUCUUCUUCUUCUGAUCAAGGAGUGAGCAACUCUGCCGCUGAAUCUCUCCAUAUUUUCAAUAGCAUCAAUCUUGAAUCUAAUGAUGAUGAGGAGUAUGAUGCUAACCAUAGCAGCUCCAAAAAGAAACAGCCUGAAAACUCCUCCAGCAGAAGCUCAGAUGAUAACUCUGAUUCAUCCAUCGUCAAGAAGAACAGGAUUAUCUGGACUGAUGAGCUGCACAACAAAUUCGUGCACGCCGUUGAUUUUCUCGGCGCACAAGGUUAG